CAGCUAUCGGAAAGUGCAAAAGAAAAAGCCGUGCCUUCGACAAAAAUUGGCCGUUUGUGGAAGUAUAGCGGCUUAGCCGCCAGUUUAGGUAUCGGCGCUAUAACUGAAGCAACAAAGAAAGCCUUAGGUGUCAAAAGGACACAAUCAGAUGCGAAUGGUCUUGGCGGUAGUGUAUUUUUAAGCGAAGCCAAUGUUGAGAAAAUUAUCAAUACUCUAUGCAAUUUACGUGGAGCUGCUCUUAAACUUGGUCAAAUGCUAAGUAUUCAAGAUAACUCUCUAAUUUCUCCGGAAUUGCAACGUAUUUUUGAGCGUGUCAGACAAAGUGCCGAUUUUAUGCCUCGAUACCAAAUGGAAGCUGUGUUACGGGAAGAGCUUGGGAAUGACUGGAAAAGUAAUCUUGCGGAAUUUAAUCCUAAACCUGUUGCAGCUGCAUCAAUUGGCCAAGUACAUCGUGCUGUUCUAAAGGAUGGUCGUGUCGUUGCUAUUAAAAUUCAGUAUCCUGGCGUUGCGAAUAGUAUCAAUAGCGACCUUGAUACACUAAUGACCAUUCUUAAUAUGUGGAAAUUGCUGCCUGAAGGUAUGUAUGCGGAGAAUGCUGUCACAGUUGCUAAAAGAGAAUUGGCAUGGGAAGUCGAUUACGAAAGAGAGGCCGAAUGCCAACAAAAAAUGAAGAAAUUACUUAAGGAUGAUGAGAGGUUUUAUAUCCCGGAAAUAAUUCCUGAAUUAACCGCCAAAAGAGUCUUAACGUGUGAAUUCAUUCGAGGAAUGCCGUUAGAUAAAACGUUCGAUUUGGAUCAAGAGACUCGUAAUAGGAUAAGCUUAAAUAUUCUAGAUUUAUGCCUUCGAGAAGUUUUUGAAUUACGAUAUAUGCAAACUGAUCCAAAUUGGUCAAAUUUUUUUUACGAUCCGCUCAGUGGAAAAGUUAUAUUGCUAGACUUUGGUGCCACUCGUGGAUACGACAAAGCUUUUGUUGACGAGUACUUCAAAAUUAUCAAUGCUGCUUCUAAAAAGGACAGAAAGACUAUCGAGCAAGCAUCGAAGAAGUUAGGUUUUCUUACUGGUUAUGAAUCAAAGGUAAUGACUGAAGCCCAUAUCGAAGCUGUAGUAGCACUUGGUGAACCUUUUUCUUUUAGUGAACCGUACAAUUUCCGAGAUCAAACUUUAACAUAUAAAAUAAGAAGCCUUGUUCCUAUUAUGUUACAACAUCGAUUAACACCACCACCAGAGGAAAGUUAUUCCUUACAUCGAAAAAUGUCAGGCGUAUUUUUACUAUGUACAAAAUUAGGAGCAAUUGUUCCAUGUAAGCCGAUAUUUGAUAGAACUUUCACAACUUACAAAUUUGGCUAA